AUGUCUCCAGGAAUCAUUCAAGAGCCUAACGGGCAUGCCAAUGGCUUCUCCAACGCUUCCUCCAAUGGUGUUGAUGCCCACAUGAAUGGCACCACGAAUGGCACCACGAACGGACAUUCCGAACCUGCAUCCUCUUUCGAGCCAAACGGGCUUUCGAAUGGUGCUUCCAAUCAUGUUGUCGAGCCGGUGGCAAUUGUUGGCAUGGCCAUGCGACUUCCCGGUGGUGUUCACGAUGCCGAGGGUUUCUGGGAUCUCCUCGUCAAUAAAAGGAAUGGCCAAUGCCGUGUGCCAGCCGAUCGCUACAAUAUCGAUGCCUGGUACAAACCGGGUAAAGCGGGCCAUGUCGGCACACAGUAUGGAUACUUCCUGGAGGAUCUAGAUCUGGCUCACAUUGAUGCCUCCUUCUGGUCAAUGACGAAGCACGAAGCGGAGGCUAUGGAUCCACAGCAAAGAUUGAUCUUGGAGGUCGUGUACGAAUGUCUGGAGAACGCUGGGGAAAGGAACUGGCGGGGGAAGAACAUCGGCUGUUACGUAGGUGUCUUUGGAGAGGACUGGAUUGACAUGGACUCGAAAGACGUGCAAAACCACCACAUGUAUCGCCUAAUCGGUUACGGUGACUAUAUUACCGCGAACCGAGUGUCAUAUGAGUUCGACUUCAAGGGUCCGAGUAUGACCAUUCGGACCGCUUGUUCCUCCUCUUUGACCGGUCUUCAUGAAGCGUGUCAAGCUUUGUACAACGGGGACUGCAAAUCAGCCAUAGUCGGUGGUACCAACAUCAUUAUAACACCACGCAUGACGAUAGCAAUGACUGAGCAGGGUGUCAUAUCCCCAACUGGGUCAUGUAAGUCGUUCGAUGCUAAUGCCGAUGGCUAUGCUCGGGGUGAGGCAGUUUCUGCCCUGUACAUCAAGAAGUUGAGCGACGCUGUACGCGAUGGAGAUACCAUUCGCGCUGUGAUCAGGUCGACUUGCGUCAACAACGAUGGGAAGACGGUGGGUAUAACAAGCCCAAGUACGGAAGCCCACGAGACCCUAAUCCGCAGAGGCCAUCAACUUGCUGGUAUCACUGACCUCUCAAAAACGGCUAUGAUCGAGUGUCAUGGGACUGGUACCAAGAUUGGAGAUCCUAUUGAGACAAGCGCUGUCGCCAACGUUUUCGGCGAGCAUGGUAUCUACAUUGGCUCGGUCAAACCGAACCUCGGCCAUUCUGAAGGUGCAUCAGGGAUGUCUAGUGUCAUCAAGAUGGUUUUGGCCCUAGAGCACAAAACGAUUCCUCCUAACAUCAACUUCAAGAAGCCUAAUCCAAACAUCCCUUGGGAGCAAGGAAAACUGAAGGUUCCCAUCCACGCUACGCCAUGGCCCGCAGACCGAGCUGAGAGAGUGGGGGUGAACUCAUUUGGCAUUGGUGGAGCUAAUGCACACGUGUUGCUUGAGUCUGCAGCUGCUCAUGGACUUGAUCGACCGGCUCCGCCAGUUGAUGUGAGCGAAGAAAGACCCAACCUUCUCGUAUUCUCCGCGACACACCCCGAGUCUCUACGCCGUUUGGUGGACAACCACGCAUCAUAUCUAGGCUCUCAUACCGACUCCUUGAAUGACAUGAGCUACACCCUCAGCACUAAACGCCAACCGCUCUCACAUCGUGCGUUCUGUAUCGCAUCGGAAGACAGUCCUUUGGAGCCGUCACGAAUAAACAAACCUACAGAGACCCCAAAUCUGGUUUUCGCUUUCACUGGACAGGGCGCCCAAUGGGCGCAAAUGGGUAGAGAGCUCUUUUCGAAAGAGCGCUCGUUUAGUGACUCUAUCAGAGGGCUAGACAAAGUACUUUCGUCCUUGCCCGAGCCCCCACAAUGGACCUUGGAAGAUGAAAUUCUAAAACCAAAGUCACGGAGCCGCCUCUCCGAGGCUGAACUUUCUCAGCCUUGCUGUACUGCAAUUCAAGUCGCUUUGGUAGAUCUCAUGACGAAAUGGGACAUCAAGCCGGCAGGUGUGGUCGGUCAUUCUUCCGGAGAAAUCGGCGCUGCAUAUGCAAGCGGCGUUCUCACAGCAGAAGAAGCCAUUCUUGUUGCUUACUAUCGUGGACUGGCAACGUUGGGUCUUGGGAAGAUUCACCGGGGUGGGAUGGCUGCUAUCGGUCUUGGUCGCGAUCAGGUCACACAAUAUCUUCGCACGGGCGUUAUCAUCGGCUGCGAAAACAGCCAGAGCAGUACCACACUGACAGGUGAUAUUGACACUCUCGAGCAAAUCAUGGCAACUAUUCAAGAAGACCGGCCCGAAGUGCUCGUUCGGGCCCUGCACGUCGAAUGCGCUUAUCACUCUCAUCACAUGAAAACGGUCGAGGCCAAAUAUCGAACACUUUUGGGCAAAGCCAUCCACGCAAAAGAACCAACUGUACCAUUCUAUUCGUCCGUUACAGGAGGCCUGUUGAAGAACGGCGAAAUCCUCUCAACUUCCUACUGGGUACAGAAUCUGACUUCUCCUGUUCUUUUCCUCUCGGCUGUCAGCGCCAUAAUCGGAUCACUUUCACAACCGCUGGCCUUUUUGGAAAUCGGACCUCACUCGGCUCUUGCAGGGCCGAUCAGGCAGAUAAUCAGGAAAGAGGCGAAGGAUGCGCACUACGUCUCGACUUUGGUUCGGAACGAAGAUGCGCUGACGUCUUUGCUGAAGACCGCUGGAGAACUGUGGAUCAGCAAUGUUGAUGUCAACUUUGAUUCCGUCAACCCCCCUGGCGAGUUUCUUACCGAUCUCCCGACUUAUCCAUGGAAUUACGAUGGCCAAUAUUGGUACGAGAGCCGUUUGUCGAAGGAGUGGCGGCUGCGGAAGUUUCCUCACCAUGACCUCCUAGGUGCUCGCCUUGUUGAAACCUCUGAGGUCGAUCCGACUUGGAGGAACAUGUUACGUCUUGAUAACGUUCCUUGGAUUCAAGACCACGAAAUUGCUCAGGACAUCUUACUUCCAGCUGCUGGUUACAUUGCUAUGAUCGGUGAGGCUAUUAGGCAACUCACUGACUUGGAAGAUUAUACUGUCAGAGCCGUCGACUUCAUAUCGGCGCUUAUCAUGAACGAAGGCAAACCCGUUGAAGUUCAAACACAUCUCCGUAAGGCUCGCCUUACUACUACGCUCGAUUCCGAAUGGUACGAAUUUUCGAUUGCCUCGUUAAACGGUACAACAUGGAUCAAGCAUUGCGUUGGUCAAGUCAGAGGAGGAGCUGAAUUCAAGUUGCCGGUACCCACUAUAGAGCCCUGUCAGCGCAAGGUUCCGACGAGCACUUGGUAUCGUGUCAUGGCCAGAUUUGGCCUCAAUUAUGGUCCAAGAUUCCGCGGCCUGUCAGAGAUCAGUGCACACGUGUCAGAACGAAAAGCUGUGGCCACACUGAACGACAGCCUCGGAGAGAAGGAAACUCCAUAUCAACUCCACCCAGCCACUCUCGACAGCUCUUUCCAACUGUUCAGUUGUGCAGCCUUCAACGGAGUCGGCCGCCUGUUCACCAAGUUAUCAAUACCCACACACAUCGAAGAGUUUUACAUCAAGCCUGCAAAGGAGAGUAUCGCUAUUCAAGCGGAGGCAGAGUCUUCCCCCACGGGGACUCUAGCAGGAAACCUAGUAGGUGUAUCCGCGGGUGAGCUCGUGAUGAACUUGAAAGGUCUCAAGAUGACUCCGCUUGGCGACAAUAAUGAGGGUCAGAAUGAUGAUCCCCAUGCCGCUGUUGAGUUGGAGUGGAAGAGCGAUGUGAACCUACUAGACGCAACCCAACUCAUGCGACCUGCCAAAGACAUCACGAAAUGCCACCUUCUAGUCGAAAAGCUUGCCUUGGCUUGUAUGAUCGAGUCGAUUGUUCAACUACAGGGUGUGCAGACUACUCAUCCACAUCUUGACAAGUUUCGCGCUUGGCUCGAUACAAGACGAGAGAUGGCUAUUGGGGGUCAAUAUCCAAACAUCGAUGACUGCGCAAUGAUAGCAGGAUUGGAUAGUACGCAGCGAACAAAUAUGAUUGAAAAUCUCCUUGCUCAAUCGCUAGAUACAGAGGCCGCAGCUGUCGCGACCGCAAUCCACCGAAUCUCGAAGCACUCCAGGGACAUCUUUCUUGGCACCACGGAUCCGCUGGAUAUACUGAUGGAAGACGAUAUACUGACGAAAGUAUACGACUUCAUGCAAUUGUGGGAUUACACAGAUUUCUUCGAACUUCUAGGUCAUUACAAACCGGAUAUGAAGAUCCUCGAGAUCGGAGCCGGUACGGGCGGCACAACCAGUACCAUCAUACCACACCUCAAAUCCGCUUAUGGGGAGAGGAUGUUCGGCUCGUAUAAGUACACCGAUAUUUCCGCCGGUUUCUUUGUGGCAGCAAAAGAGCGUUUCAAAGAUGUCCAAGGACUUGACUACGCCAUCUUGGACGUUUCACAGGACCCAAUCCAGCAGGGGUUCGAACCCGAGUCCUUCGAUCUAAUCGUGGCGACCAACGUCCUCCACGCCACCCCAAAGCUCAGUGAAACUCUGUCGAAUGUGCGGAAGCUCCUUCAUCCCCACGGUCGCCUCUUCCUCCAGGAAUUGGACCCCUCGACGAGGUGGAUCAACUAUGUGAUGGGCGUUCUCCCUGGAUGGUGGCUUGGUGAGGACGAUGACCGACCACUAGAGCCAUAUGUCAAUCCUGAGAGGUGGGACAAGGAGCUCAAGAGCGCUGGCUUUGGAGGAGUCGAUGCAGUUGCGUAUGAUGGACAUCUUCUUAACAACAUCAUUGCCAUGCCAGCCCGGGAGGAAAAGUCAAAACGGAUCACCAUCUUGUCCAGAGGCGAGUCGUCGCAGCAUUCUCGAGGAAUAAUACAGCAACUUCGCGAGAGAUCUUUUGAGCUAGAUUUCUGUACGUUGGAUCAAGUCCCCAAGCCCGGACAAGAUAUUGUUUCUCUCCUCGACACUGAAGCACCUUUCCUCUACUCUGCGACAGAAGAAAGUUUCAGCACCUUUAAGAGCUUCGUCUCUCAUAUUCAAGGCGCCGGAGUACUUUGGGUGACCGAAGCAGCCCAGAACGGUUGCCGUGACCCCAACUACUCCUUGAUCCUCGGCAUGGCUCGAACAAUUCGCACGGAGUUUUUGAUGGAUUUCGCAACUCUCGAGCUAGAAAGUUUCGAUGACGCAGCUGCAUGCAAAGCUACCGCUGAUGUCCUACAAGAGUUCCAGCACCGCGUUCGCGACCAAGACAAUGAUCCUGUCCUCGAAUAUGCCUUCUCGGAUGGAAGAGUCCAAGUUGGUAGAUACCAUUGGGUAUCAGUAUCGAAAGAACUCCUGUCCGCGAAGCACCACUCUUAUCCUAGGAAAUUGGAGAUUGGUAGGCCGGGCAUCUUGCACACACUUGCUUGGAGACAACAAGAGCCCUUCGAUCUGAAAGGCGACUUUGUCGAAAUAGAAACCCGGGCGGUCGGACUAAACUUCAAGGACGUCUUGAUGUCAAUGGGAAUUGUAGAUCUGGUCAAGAGGGUUGGGCCUGAGGUCAAGCAUCUCAAAGUAGGCGAUCGAGUCCUCUGCUGUACCGAUGGAUCCUUUUCGACUACUUGGUCCAUGAGCGAACUCUUUUGCGCAAAGAUGUCAGACAGCCUCAGCUUCGUCGAAGCAGCUACGAUUCCUCUCGUUUACGGUACAGUCAUCGCCGGCUUGAUGGACUGCGCGAAGCUGUCCAAAGGACAGACUGUCCUCAUUCACUCUGCUUGCGGUGGCGUUGGUAUAGCUGCUGUUCAAAUAGCAAAGAUGAUAGGAGCUGAAAUCUUUUGUACUGUGGGCAACCAAGAAAAGGUUGAUUUCCUUAUGCAAAACUUUAAUAUACCCCGGAACCGCAUCUUCAAUUCGCGAGACACAAGCUUCUUGCGAGAUGUGCUUAGGGAAACCGGCGGCAAAGGAGUAAAUGUGGUCCUUAACUCACUUUCCGGCGAACUACUACACUCAUCGUGGAAGUGUGUUGCUGACUUCGGAACGAUGGUCGAAAUUGGCAAACGAGACUUCAUUGGAAACGGAAAUUUGGCAAUGAACCUAUUCGAGAACAACCGAUCGUUUAUCGGUCUUGAUCUGUCCCAGAUUUGCUUUUACCGGCCCAAUGCUAUACAUGACCUUCUUCGUCGGGCAAUGGAGUUUUAUGAGCAGGGCUACAUCAAGCCUAUCACGCCCAUGAAAGAAUUCGAGGCUGCUCACAUCGAGGAUGCCAUGCGUUACAUGCAAAAAGGUCAACAUAUCGGGAAAAUUGUGGUCACCUUCCCCAAAGACCCCAUGGAGCUGGAGGCAACCGCAGAUCCAAAAGAGCUAGUCCUUCGUCCCGAUGUGUCGUACCUGUCCAUUGGGGGUCUCGGCGGUCUGGGUCGGUCUAUCGCAUCCUGGAUGGUCGAGAGAGGCGCUAGACAUCUAAUCUUCUUUUCACGGUCUGCCGGCUCUGUGACCAGUGAGGACCCUUACAUCAAGGAAUUAGCGGCCCUUGGAUGUUCGGUCCAGACAUUCUCUGGUAGUGUUUCCAAUCUGUCAGACGUCAAAAGGGUCAUUUCAUCGGCUGCAAAACCUAUCGCAGGAGUACUCCAAGCUUCCAUGGUCCUCAGUGACGCUGCAUUGGGUGAGAUGACCUUCGAACAAUGGCAAACCGCUCUUCUGCCAAAAGUACAGGGCACAUGGAAUCUGCACGAAGCACUACUCGCGCAGAAGCAAUCACUCGAUUUCUUCUUCCUCUUCAGCUCUGUCUCCGGAGUAGGUGGGCAAUGGGGCCAAGCAAACUACGCAGCUGGCAACACCUUCCUCGAUGCCUUUGUACAAUACCGUCACUCACUUGGCCUUCCCGCGUCAGUCCUUGACAUCGGUGCCAUGGAGGACGUGGGAUACCUGAGUCAAAACAGCGGCAUCCUCGAAGCACUUCGCGCCACCUCCCUACACACGCUCCAUGAGCAAGAUCUCCUCGAUUCCCUCCAACUCAUGAUCGAUCGCUCGCUUCCUGCCCCUCAAUCUUCUCCAAUGAAGACGGCCCGUUACGUCAACCCAAGCCAGGUCGCCAUCGGCGUCCGCUCCACUCUCCCUCUCUCCGCACCAAACAAUCGCACCAUCUGGAAGAAAGACCCGCGUAUGGCCGUAUACCGCAACCUCGAAUCCCUCAGCGCCACCAGCGCGGCUUCCUCCGGCAACGAUGAAGGCCUCAAGCAAUUCCUCCGCGACGCGAGCAAAAACCCCGCACUCCUGGACCUCGCUCCUUCAAUCGAAUACCUAGCCAAGGAGGCGGGCACCACGCUAUUCGGCUUCAUGAUGCGCAGCGACGAGGAACCAUCCAUGGACGUGCCGCUCGCGAGCUUAGGCGUCGACUCGCUCGUCAGUAUCGAGUUGCGCAACUGGUUCCGGCAGAAGGUCGGGGCCGAGUUCACGGUCCUCGAGGUGGUGAAUUCGAACAGCAUCACCCAUCUGGGCGAACAGGCGGCGGCGAAGUUGAAGGAGAAAUUCCAGGCUAGACAGUAG